GGCGGAUAUAAAGUGUUCUUCAGACUGUUCAUUCAAACCAUUCAUCCGUCCACUGUGUCCUCCAAGUGAAACUAGGGAAAAUUCUCGCGGACUGAAACCACUCGUUUCAGAGAGAAAAAAAUUGAAUACCAUGAAAAUGUCCGCAUCCGAGCUGAGUAAGGUUCUGAAGGAGGGAGAACUGGAGAAGAGAAGCGAUAACCUCCUCCAGUUUUGGAAAAAGAAGACGUGUGUCCUCACGGAGGAUAGCCUGAACAUUUACGCCGACAGCCAGAAGAAGUCGAAGAGCAAAGAACUAAAACUGCAGUCGAUCAAAAAGGUGGACUGCGUGGAGCGGACGGGCAAAUUCGUCUACUUCACAAUCGUCACCACUGACAAUAAGGAGAUUGACUUCAGAUGCACAGGCGAGGAUAACUGUUGGAAUGCCGUUAUCACAAUGGCUCUGAUUGACUUCCAAAACAGAAGGGCCAUUCAGGAUUUUAAAACACGACAGGAGACCGAGAGCACUUCGCCCGGGCAGCAGGAAAGGCGGAUGGCAAGGGCGCCGUGAGAAAAGCUGCCGCAGUGCUGUCAAACGAAUGCCAUUGUUACUCCUGUACCAUGUUGUUCUGGACCAUGACGAAUAUUUGGACCAAACGAAAGCGGACUCUGGUCAGAAGAUGAAAUGAAGGAUUGUUCGGGACAGACGCGCGCCCUCGAGGAACUUCGGAUAGCUUAUCCUUGAACCUUAUGGCUUCUAUCAAAAGAAGAGACAAUUUCAAAACUUGCUACCAAAGACUGAAUACUAUACCCUUAAGCGUAUGCUUUGAUGGGAAAAACGCCUUGCGAAUGACAGUAUAUAUUUAUUUAUUUUUUUGCAAAAAGUGUUCUGUAUGAGUACACAAGGGUUGUAUAAAUUAUUUACUAUUUCAUCGUGUAUUUAUUUAAAUGUUUUAUAGUCCACUGUUUUGUUGCAUUUGCUUUGAUAAUUUAAAUCAUGAUGUGUUACACGUCGAGAGCCUAAGUGCUUUUAGUUGUUCGGCUGAACGAAACCUACAACUGUCAUCACAUUAUUUUCAGUGAUGUCUGAAUGAAGUCUCUGAAUAAAGUCUCUAAAUAAAA